CCAAGUAGCUAGCAAUGUCAUGCUUACGAUAUUAGUAUACUAGACAGAUGGACGACAGAGCAGACGUGUUAGGUUUUUCUCCUCAACAGGAGAAAAUUUACAACAACUUCCUUCCCUACGCUGACAAGAUCGAUGAAGAAUCAAAUGAAGCCUUCGUGGAAAUAAAAAGCAAUUUGUCGAAAGCUGUCGCUCUGCGAGAUGUCAAAACUGGUGCCAAUCACUGGGUUGGGAUGCUGUCGAGGUAUAUCCGACUCUAUGGGCUGAAGUUUACCAAGGAAGAUCACAUAGCAUUAAUCAAACUUAUGUAUGAGUUGAUUCUCAUACCAGACCUGGAGCUUUCAUUCAUUCAGAUGUUUGCCAAUCAAUUAAUUAGUUUAUUGAAGAAGAGGAAACUACUGUCAAGAGAAGACCUGUGUUUGCCCUGGCGCCCACUGUACCAGCUUGUUGAAGCUGUUGCAUAUUCUCCGUAUGAACCUCAUGGCUUACAGUUGUUUCCUCCCAAUGUAGAAAAUGUGCUGAAGAACCUGAUCAAAUACUGUCGACAUUAUUUCCCAUUGGAGGCAACAAAGGAAAUGCUUGAAGAAUGGCGGCCAUUAAUGUGUCCCUUUGAUGUUACCAAUAUCAAAGCUAUCCACUACUUUGAGUACUUCCUCCCCACCAACCUCCCGCCUCAUCAGCAGGAACAUGGCUGGAAACUGUGGUUCACAGAGUUUAUGGAUAUAUGGCAUUCAUUCCAGAACAACCCUAAAUGGGAAUCUGGACUAGUGAACCUGUUUUCUCGUCUCGCAAACGACAACAUCGGGUACAUUGACUGGAGUCCUUAUGCUGGCCAGCUUUUCAACCGUUUUCUCAGAAGUUUCAAUUUACCAGUUGGAACACGUUUACAGAAAGUUGGCCGAUCUAAUAAUACCUAUGAUGUGUUUUCAUCAGUCCAGUGGAUUAUAGCCAUGCUGGGAGGUAACUCUGGUGUGCAAGAUUAUUUAGACAAGAUCUUCAAAACUCUACAGACAUUUUACCAUCCUUCCAAUCUAGGGAAGUGGAAUGUAAAACUUAGUGGACUGCUAAUGACAUUCCCUCGUCUCUUUGUAAAGAGGAUACACAGAGAGAGAUAUCAAAAGCCAACCUGGGAAAACCAGGUGCCUGACUCCCACAAAAUGUCUGAAGAAGACAUCACCAGAUUUGUGGAGAGUAUGAAACCAGUUGUCUUUGUCUCCAUGUUCAGCAAAUACGGCAGUCAUGAUUCUGCUAUCGCUCUCCGACAUCUGUCCAACAUGAGACCAGAGAUCAUCAUUCCAACCUUGUUAGAAAAGAUGUACCCUGCCAUGGAGAAUUUGAUCGAGCCCCACCGCCUCAUCGCCUGCAUGACCUGUAUAGUGGCCGUGGCACGCCCCAUGCUACAUAAUAGAAAGUGGUACCCCGAGGGUCGCUCCCACCUCCUACCACUUCUCAAUCUCUCUCUCCCGGGGAUCGACCCCAACGACUUCAAAAAGUGUCUGAUCACUUUCCAGAUGAUUUCCACAUUUGUGACUCUAGUCCCGAUUGUUGACUGUUCAGAAGCUGUGUUUGUCAAGGAGGAUCUCACAGAGGAAGAAAAAGAACUCUGCUCAGCAACUGCACAGUUUGAAGAUUUUGUCCUCCAAUUCUUUGACAGGGUGUUCACACUGAUUGAAAACAGUGCCCAGGAGCAUGUCCACAGUGACGUAACACGCCUCAAUCUGGAGCAGAGUAUGCUGGAGGUUGGCCUAGCAUCUACAGCUGUGUCGGUCCUACAACAGUGUUCUACCCCUAUAUUCAAGUCGGCCUUGGACAGAAUCCACCGAUUUGUGAUGGGCAGCGUGUAUGAGAGUCGAGUAGGAGGCAGAUUUGCGGGCAAUCUGUGCCGGGCUGUAGCCAAGGUGAAUCCUGAACUGACACUGGAAAAGUUCCUUUCACAAUUGUGCUCAAAUGUAAAGAAUCUGCUGGAAAAUCAUGAGGAUCUCAAAAAUGAGGAACAGUUGGAUGAUAGUUUCUUGUGGAACUUAACCAUGCUACCCCAGCUGGUGCGCUGUGAUGGGGCAGCUCUCUUGCCUUACAAAGCUGAGCUACUAGAGAUCAUUCAGAUGACCCUUCACCUGAAAUGUAUUCAGGGCUACGAGCUGGCUGGCCAGUUACUUCGCUAUCUGCUGAGGGCCCUCACUCUCAUCUACCCACUGGACUACAAAAGUGUGCCGGGAUCCCUCGACAAACCGUUCACAGAAUGGCUCGCUAUCAAUGAGUGGGCCAUGCCUGGAGACCUCAAAGACUUACAGAUGAAAUGGCAUGUACCUAACCAAGAAGAAAUGGAAUUUGCCACCGAGAUUCUCAAGACCAUUCUCGGACCAGAGCUGGAAGCCAUCAAGACAGUGUCAACAGAAAAUCAAAUGAACAGGGAGGAGUUGCUUAGAAGACUGAAUGUUAUACUCGAGUGUUUACUAGGCGCUGGCUGUGUUCUUCCUAUGUGGGAGGAUGCUGUCGUAAAUAUAGUGAAAAGCUGUGUCUCCUUGCGGCGUCAGCACUGUCAGUCUACAGGACAACAUUCCUGUAUAACACUGAAUGGUCGAAAUGUACGGGAAACUGUAGUGGAUGCUGUCCGUCCGCUCCUGUCUCAUAUGCUGGCCACAUGUGAGGACGACACCAAGGGACUGUUCAAGUUGGUACAGAUAUAUGAAACUGUGAUGUUCUUCAAUGGAACCCAGAAAAAUGACUUUGAUAAACGAUGGAAGAGUUUCCACUCUGUGAAGCAAGCUUUAGAUGAUCAGAUGAGGACUAAAAAGCGACAUCUACGAGCCAUACUUGUAGACCGAGUACAACUACAGCAGGAGCUUCGUAUGUUGAACGGCUGUAGACGGCUUUUCACUGAGCGACACAAGACCAUGCUGCUGGAUCUCCUGGGCUUGUCUGUUAGCCGGUAUAGUGAUGUGAGGAAGACGGCCCAAGGUGUGUUGUUCCUCGGCUUUCAUAACCUCCAUUAUUCCUACCGCUGUGUCGUGCCAGUGAUAGUCAAGAACCUGAGGGAUAAAAACAUCCCGGAGCAUGUGUUUAAGGGAACACUGUAUACUCUACUUGGCUCUGGUAAGAAGAACAUCGCUACCAAGUGUAACUGGACUGUAUUGGGAGAAGUGUGGCCGGCCAUUACACAGGCUCAACACUCGGAGAAACCUUCCAUCCUCAAGGUCGUCGAUGAGAUCAUCAACAAGGUCGUCAAGAACAUGGAGAGUGUCUCUAUGGUAGUCAAAACGAGGCCCUCGGUAAUAGCAGCAGCACAAGCCUUUCUGGACACAGGUAAACGACACAGUUCCUUCCCUGUCCUCACGAGCGAGGAUUUAGAGGCCGCCAGAGUCCGGGAGGAGGAGACCAGUAACAAAGACAAAGCACUGUACCUCAAGCUGGUAGCAGACCUUGUCGAUCUUGUAGAAAAUGGAAACUUGAUGUGGAAAUUCUCUCAGAUUGGCAUGGAGCUGACAUGUCUAUUACUGCGACACGAUAUCCUAACGCCGGCGUGUGCUAUCCGACUAUACAGCAGAGGCAUGGUUCAUGACUCUCUCUAUGUUAGAAAGCUGUCACUUAGCUCCAUUUCUGCAGUCCUGAAACAGCAGAAAAGAAGGCACAAGACGCGAGUAUUUGAUCCGUUCAAAGUGUCGGGUACAUCAGCGCCGCCUGAUGGUGACCUUCGGCCAGGAGACAGGAAGGAUAACUUGUGGAUCUGUUACGAUAAUGACAAACUACCUCUGACGAAAGAACAGUGGGACAACUGCACAUUUGUGGAGAAAACACACUGGGGCUACUACAACUGGCCGAAAGAGAUGAAGACGUACGCUCCUACCUCAGAACAGCCAAAGUUAGAAAGAUCUCUGGAAGAACUACGAGAGGAAGAGGUCCCGUUAUAUGAAAACUUGAUGAAUGCUGAAUUUGUGGAUAAGUUUAUAGAAUUCUUAGCCCUAGAGGAACAUAAAAGGAAAGACAAAUUCCGUACCAAGACCAUGACUUUGUUUAAGGGCCUACAUCGGAAUUUUGGUGACACAUUCCUUGAGCUUUUUAAGCCUCAUAUAGAACGUCUUAUUAGUGACACGAGUCAUGACACCCACGACAGUAGCCAGAGGUGUGCGAUGGAGAUGUUGUCAGGAAUUCUACGUGGGUCUAAACACUGGCCCUACGAUAAGGUGGAAUCCUUGUGGAAGUGGACGACACCUCUCCUGAAAAAGGCGCUGAACAACAUGACUGUGGAGACUCUGGAUGACUGGGGCACAUUCUUCACUGUCAUAUCGGAAAGCAGGGAUCCUAGAAAACUACAUUGGUACUUUGAACUAGUCAUGGAAAACCCUCUGAGUGGAGAAGGGGGCUCCUUUGGAGAUUCCAGUCGGCUGUAUGGGAUACAGAGCGCUCUGAGUCAACAGGAAUGGAGGGUAUCAAAGUUGUUACACAGGUUCCUUGACUACCUCAUGCCUUACCUCUCUCACCCGUACAAAAAUGUACGCGACAGAGUCGGAAGUAUCCUGUCAAGUAUAUUCCUGUACGACUACUGCAUGAGUCCAAAUAGUGUCACUAUAUCACCAAAGCGUGAAGAUUUCAUGAAAAUCGUCUUGCCACAGAUCGAGGGACUGAAACACAUUGUGUUGGAUGAGACAGAAGGCAAUGGCAAGAAUGGUGUCGGAACUAAUCAUGUGUUAGGGAAGGGAGAGGAGAUGAUGGAUGUAGAGGAGAGCGAGGAGGAUGAGGAGAGGAAAGCCUCUGUAAGGCUCUGUAAAUCUGUGAUGAAGUGGGUACUUAAUAGCCUAAGUUUACUGAUGAACUUCACAUCAGCACCACCAGAGUUCUUUCAGCUUCUACCCUAUUGUAAGUCUUUAUCAUCCAGAAUGUGUACAUUGGAGAGUGAGACUCGUGACGAGGAGCUGAAAAUGGAUUGUACGCUGGCUCUGUCAUACUUCGCCCAGUCCCUCGUCCAGCCGGACAUGGUCCCUUUAGCUCUAACAACUGUCAGAGAGGUGACACUGUUACAGUCGUGGCACGCCCGCGUGGCCAUCCUCAGCUACGUACAGGUGAUGGUGUUCUGUAACUACUUUACCUUCCACACUCCCGAGUACAUCAAUGAGAUCGAGGACAUUGUACUCGGACUGAUCUGUGACGACCAGUUAGAGGUGCGAGAAAUGGCGGCCAUUACGUUGAGUGGACUGUUGCAUUGUGGGUUCCUCCAGAUGAAUCAACACAUGUUGGACCAUUUCGAGCUUCUGAGUAGAACAAAGGUGAAAAAGAGGAAGCAGUUGAAAGACAACCUUCCGUUGGAGGCCCUGGUGAAGCGCCAUGCUGGAGUCCUGGGUUUGGGUGCCUUUGUACAGGCCUACCCCUACGACGUGCCAAACUUCAUGCCACAGAUCCUCAUGGAUCUCAGUAACCAUGUCAACGACCCACAACCUAUACAGAUGACUGUUAAGAAGACACUGUCAGAUUUCCGUCGGACACAUCACGAUAACUGGCACGACCAUAAACAGAUGUUUACAGACGAUCAGCUGGUUAUACUGACGGAUCUCUUAGUUUCUCCUACCUAUUAUGCAUGAGAAUAUCCCGUCAUUAUCAACCAAGAUUGGAUGUUAAUAUCCCGGCCAGAGGUCACAGUCAGGAAAGGUCAGAGGUGACAGCUAGGAUAGGCCAGAGGUGACAGUCAGAGGAUACGGCCAGAGGUCGAAGUCAGGAGGAAGAUCGGACUGUCAUUCACGCGAGAUUGCUAGCUUUAGUGGUGUUGACUCGCUUCAUUUGGAGGAGAGGAAAUUGUGGGAACUUUAAGAUACAAGAACAAAUAUAACAGGUCAUGACCAUGUCCAUUGUACGCGGUCAGAGGUGAGAGACUUAUAAACAUCACCACUGUAAUGGUGAGAUGGGUUUACCACUGACUCGUUACUGGGAGUGAGGAAAAUAAGGGCUUUCCUUUAUGUAGAAAGACAAUUUAUGAAAUUAACAGUCCAGACUUUCAACAAGUCUGGUCACACAGGUAUUGGUAAAUUUAAUGAAAGUAACCCCAUAUUAAUCUGUGAAAAAUGACUAUAAGAGGUGUUCUUAGCAUUGACUCUUUACAGGUGCUUUACCGCUGAAUGACUUUAUGAUGGAGAGAUGAAAACUUGUUUUGUGAAUUUUAAUCUUAUUGUGAUGUUUCUUCCCAUUCCUUAAUAAGGUUCGGCCAUAUAUAAACCGUGGCGAGCUGAACAGUCAGGAUAUAAUCUGUUAUAAUCUGUGUGAAGUAUGUCUUGAUAAUUGUGUUGAAAAUUGUCAAAAUUUUGUGAGUUUAUGAAAAAAGAUUUGUAGCAUGGGAGAUUGAGUGUAAAUAGUAAAUAUAAUUAUUUAACAAGGGAAAGUCCCCAUUGAUAUAAUGACAGCUAGUUUUAUGUAGGAAAAAAUAACUUGUGAUAGUCUUUCCUUUUAAUCGCUGGUAAUAUCGAAGGAAGGUCGCUCUUCUUCCAAGGGAGAGUAUCCUCUCCAAUAAUUGUAGACAUUGGUACUUUAUUUAAAAAAAAAAAAAAAAAA